AAGAAAGUGGUGUCGUUACAGCGUCAUAGCAGCUAAAGUUGUUGUGGGCACAUGGAAAGGUACAAGGAACGAUAUUUGUUUAACCGGAUUGACAGUUUACGCGUGUAUGUGGUGAGGAAAAUAUAUAUCUAAAUCACUGCCGCGAAAAUUUCAUAACAUUAUAUAGAGCCGUCUUUUGAGCGCGUGACCUCAGAAGCUCCAUCGAUUUCGCGUGCCAACGAAACAAUGCGCGUACGCUUAUCGUGGCUUCUGCUGAAACGAACAGUCGUUAUACCAAAAAUAUGCUUCAGCUAUUCUGUAGCAAGCCGCCGUGCCGCCAAUAUUGACUCGAGGCCUGUAAAGGCAAGAAAGGCACGGAGACCCCAACUCCCUGCUGACUGGCAUACUCUCUCCUGGGAAGAGAGACUGGCUGAUUCUGUGACUCCUCUGUGGAGAAUGAGUUACGAGCAGCAGCUUCAGUGGAAACAAGAGCAGCAGCACAGGAUCUUACUUGAGAUGACAAAGCAACUAACUGGGGAUUUAAAGCACUCUUUUUCAACUGACUUAAGUUUCCCCCUGCUUCCCAUAGUAGCAUCACCAGUGAUUGAUGGAUACCGCAACAAAUCAACUUUCUCUGUCAACAUUGGGGUAGACGGCAAUCCAAAAACUGUUGGAUUUUAUAUCGGUAAUAGUAAAGCAGGCAACAUCGUCUGUGUCCACGGUGACCAUCUCCCGAACAUACCUUCGAAACACAGCAUGGUUGCAAGGCACUAUGAAGAUUUUAUACGCCUCUCGCCACUCAGACCGUGCAUUUUAUUUCACGACGGUGGUCACUGGAGAGAAAUUACGAUAAGGACAAAUUCUGCCAGUCACACGAUGGCCAUAGUUUACUUCCACCCCCAAACCCUAACCCCUGAGGACAUAGCCGUCCAUAAAGCUGCUCUGGUGGAGUACUUCACGCAAGGUCCCGGAGCGGUUUGUCAGCUGGAUUCCCUGUACUUCCAGGAGACCACAAUGACCCGUUGCAGUCAUGAACAAUCCCCCUAUCGGCUUCUGCACGGACGGCCUCAUAUCUUCGAAGAGGUGCUUGGCUUGAAGUUCCGCAUUUCUGCCGAUUCGUUCUUCCAGGUGAAUCGGAGGGCGGCGGAGGCUUUGUACAAAACCGUCGCGGAGCUGAACGGGGAGCGCGUCGGGGGCACCCUGCUGGAUGUCUGCUGCGGAACUGGAGCCAUUGGCAUCUCGUUAUCACCGCAGACGGAGAGAGUCAUUGGCAUUGAGCUCAUCGAGCAGGCGGUCGAGGACGCCAAGUUUAACGCAGCGCUAAACGGAGUUCAUAAUUGUGAAUUUCUCUCAGGCAAAGCAGAAGCUGUCCUGCCAGAUCUGUUGGCCUCUUUGAAUAGCGACGGCGGGCUGACAGCCGUGGUGAAUCCGUCCAGGGCUGGCCUACAUUAUCGAGUUGUCAGAGCCUUGAGGAACCACACAGCCAUAAGGAGGCUUGUCUAUAUAUCGUGCAAACCUUAUGGGGAGGCAAUGAGGAACUUUAGAGAUCUGUGCAGUACAGGCUAUAAGAGGAAGACCACUGGAGACGCCUUCAAACCAGCCAUGGCCGUCCCUGUGGACCUGUUUCCACACACUACUCACUGUGAACUAGUGCUAGUGUUUGAGCGAUAGUAGCUAUUUCUGUUGUUCGUUCUGACUUGUUAUUAAACAACAGUGGAAAAUGUUUAA